AACCAAUAAAAGAGCACCACGUAAUUACCCCGUGAAACUCGUCCCGUGGUGCUAUAUUUCUCCCCGAAGCUCUCCGAUUAUCACUCACAGUGUUUUCUGAAGAUUUUUGGUCCCAUAAAAAAUGGGUAGGAAACCCAAAGCUUUUAGGCUUGCAGAAAAGCUUGGGAGUAUGGAAGUGGAGCCUGAAAGCAAUAAUCCUUCCUUACAGAAAGUCGAUGUACAUCCUGAUAACACAAAUCCUACCAUGGAGAGGGUUGAACCACAACAAGCUUACUCUUCCAAAACAUCUAUAAGAAAGAAAGUGAAGAAAUCCCCUGCGAAAGUUAGGCGAUCUGAGCGUCUUCAAAAUGCAGUUAUGGCUACAGAAAAUCAAGACGUUGAGCGUAUUCUUGAAGAAAUAACUGUUAGUGAAAGCGAGAAAGAAGAUGAGCCUGCAAAUGAGGAAGUGCCAGAGCCUACUCUGAAUAGGAAAGACUUGAAUGAAAAAGUUGACUAUGUUGUAAAACUUUUGGAGGCACAACAAAAGACCAUGGAUGCAUUUAAUUCUGGAGCAAUUGGCAAAACAUUCUUUAAUGAAGGCUCUGGUAUGGGUGAUAUCACGUAUAAAAGCUUGUAUAUUGACUCCCAAAAGAAGGUUGAAGCUUUGACAGAGGAAAACCAUCAGCUUAAUAGGAAGUUGGAAUAUGCUCUUGGAAAAAUUGAAGUAUAUGAGAGUGGGAAUCAUGUGGUUCCUGAAGUGUUGGAGAAGCUGAAAGAUUUAUUUAAAGACGCAUUAUGGUUAUCAAGUCUGACGCGAGUCACUGAAGCAACUCGGCAUUGUGCUGCACCCGAAAAUAGUCUUGAUUGCAAUACUUCUGCUAAGAGGAAGAGACUAGAUAAAGAAACUGACAAGAACUAAGUGUGAUGCUCCACAUCGUGUGAUGUGGAGAUAUGGAUUGUUAGAACUUGUUAGCUGCACAGGAUCACUUCAUCUUCAUGUUUAAUAUCAGAUUCAUAAUGUAUUUUGUAACUGCAUGGUGGACUUUGGUCAUGUCUCAUUUGGAACAGAUAGAUGGAAAUGUUCCUUCAA